AUGGUGAAACGACCACGCAACGAAACCUCCGAUGCCGAAGACCGAUCUAAGCGCCGAAGAUCGAGCAGCCAUGAGCGACAGGAAUCGGAAAGGGAUGUGCAAUCCGCCGAGGAGGCCGUGGAGGUCCUAAGGUCCCAUUCGAGCAGCCUUGUUGACUGCCUGCGACGAUUGCAGAGCUCUGGGGGUGGUCGCGUCGACGAGACGUUGAUUUCUCUGAGCAAGGAGAUCUUACCGGCCAUACAGACAUUAGCUAGGGCGAAACCAGAGGAUUCCAGCGUCCAGACCCUGAGUAACCAAGCUCAGCCCAAAGCCCAGCCUAAAGCCCAACAGAUCACAGACGAAAUCCUCUCCGUAACCAGCGAAACCCAAUCCAUAAACCCCGCCCAAAUCACCCCCUGGACCACCGCCGACAUCCUCCCCUCCCUACCCCCCCUCCCCCCCGCAGACCCGUUCCUCGCCUCCGCCGCCUUCCGCUACAAAGCCGUCGCCCUCCCCGGCGAGAUCGACUGGGACCGACUCGAAUGGAUCGGCGACGCCAACAUCUACCUCGUCUCCAGCUUCCUCAUCUUCUUCACCUUCGGCGGGCUUGACUCCGGCAAAGCCUCACAGCUACGCGAGCGUCUGCUGCGCAACCAGACGCUGGCGGGGUAUUUCCGGGACUACAAUAUGCUGGAGCGGACCAAGUUGCCGGAGUGGGUCGAUCUUAAGUCGCCGCAGGGGAUCAAAAUCCAGGGCGACAUGUUCGAGGCGUACGUUGGGGCCGUGAUACUCUCGGAUAAGGAAAGGGGCGCGGCGAGGGCCGUGGCGUGGUUGAAGGCUUUGUGGGCGAGGACGAUCGCGGAUGAGAUUAGGAGGGCGGAGAAGAAGCCCGAGGUUCAUAGGGUGGCGGAGUUGGGGCAGGAGAGGAACGUGGAUGAGGCGUCGCUUGCGAAGCAGAAGUUGUCUGUGGCGAUUAAGGUGCCCGGCGUUGAUUUAAUCUACGAGGACGUGCCGGGGACACAUAAGAAUAAGCAUAACGGGCUGCCGCUGUAUAAGGUGAGGCUCUAUCUCAAGGGCUGGGGGGAGAAGAUGAAGCUGUUGGGGUGGGGGACGGCGGGGUCGAAGAAGGAGGCCGGGCAGAAGGCAGCGCUUAUGGCGCUGGGGAAUAAGAAGGAGAUGGCUAUUUACGAGGCGAAGAAGAAGGCGUACUUGGAGCAGAUGGAGCAGAUGGAGAAGGGUGCUUAG